UUAUUAUUAUUAACAGCUCUCUAUUGAAUGAUGGUAAAGCAUCUACUCAAUGCUUGGCAGACAAACUAACCAAAGAACUGGUUGAUCAUAUCAAGAAAUCGCUACCCUACUUAACAGAGCAGAUUGACACUAAACUACUCAGCAUUCAAAGGGAGCUUAAAAACUAUGAGCAGGGUCCACCUCUUGAAGAAGAGCUGAUGGGACCUUUUCUCAGUGAGAUAAUAAUGGAGUUCAGUGAUCAAAUAAAUGAACUGAGUAGAACAGGACAUUCAAAAGAGAAAAACAUUCAUGCACUUCUACGUCCUGUGUUCAAGAAAUGGGACAUCUACCUAAGAGGCACUGAAAUAUCAUUCACAGCAAAAGUGAAUGAAAUGAUAGAUAAGUAUAAUGAGAUGCAUCGUGGCAGAGAACUGCUUACGUUCAAUGACUUCUGUGAAUUUGAAUGUGUCAUCAAAGACCAUGUGGCAGCUCUUCAAGAGCCAGCGAUGGAAACACUGAAGCAUGUACGAGAGAUUGUUCAGAAUGUGUUCCGAGAGAUAUGUUAUUUCUCUUUUGACCGGUACCCUCCACUGAGAUACAUUGUAUCUAAAAUGAUUAAUGACAUUCAGUCAAAACAAGAGACCAAAGUGGAGAAAAGAAUCAAGGAGUUUAUUGAUAUGGAGCAACUGGUCUUCACUCAGGACAAGGUAUUACAACAGAAACUCAAUUUCUCUGACAUCCCUCAGAAGACUGGGAUGGACUCUUGUGACGAGAACCUCUAUGAUGAUGAUGACACAAUUUUCAAUUCUAAAGGCUGUGCAUUGUUGGAUACAAGAAAACUAGUUCCAGACAAACUUGUUCUCUAUUAUGAGAUUGUCUAUCAACGCCUUACAGACUAUGUGCCCAUGCUGAUAAUUCUGUUCAUGCUAAAGGAUGCAGCUAAGACACUGCGGCAUCAAAUGUUAGAAUUGAGAAAUGGUGCAGAUGUGGUGAAACUGCUGAGUGAAGACUCAGAGCAAGGACGCAGGAGAGUUGAUCUAAAGCAGCGUCUGGAACGCCUCACACAAGCUCAAGAACUGAUAAGCAACAGACUCUGAGACCCCCUCCCCUCCACACAAAAAAAUGUUUGAGAACUUGCAUUUGCCUUGGUGGAAGAGUGGGGUAACAUCUCACACCAGAUACUAGGGCUGCCCCCUAAUAGUUACAAAUCGUCAACCAAAAUUUUAUUAGUCGCAGAAAAAAAAAAAACUUGGGGCAAAGUCACAUAGUCCGUGAGGGCCAGAUCGUUAAUGGUGGGUCCUUGUGGUAAUUACAGUAUGUCAGGCAGGAAAUCCAAACAUUUGCCUAUUAUUCAUCAACCUCAAAUAUGGCUUAUCAUUUGAAACUUUACAUGGAUGCUCACUCUAACAUUAACCUAGAUAAAUGUGGGCUAUUAUUAGGCGCAUAUCCAAGUGUUUGUGCGGAGUGUGGAAGCUAAAGGAUUAGCGUGCUUACUGCAAGACAUGGAGGCGCUGGUGUGAUCACUUGCAUUUUUUCUUAUAACAGUGGAAACAACUUAAAAUACUCCGUAAGUUUUGGUCAUACAGAUUAGAGUAAAUGGUCUACUUUUAUUUGUGUAAACUCACAAUAAAAUGUUCUGCCUUUGUAAAAUAAAGAAAACAAAGAGGAUGCGCUUUCUGCCGCCUCAGUCUCCCUGAACUGGAGUGUGUCACAAAAAUGAACCGACACUCAGCGUAUAGGCUACUUGCCUCACAGCCAUGAGAAGUGUAUCGAUUGAAAGCUUUAAAUGUCUACUUUUAAAGCAAACCAGUUCAAAUCGAACAGCAAUACUCUCUGCUUAUGUAAUGCAUGGUGCAUUUCACUCUAUAACUGUCUAUGUUCUCUCUAUGGUCAGGCAGCAUUGUCAACUUCAUCUUUGCAGCGACACUGACUCAUUAAACACUAGUUUAUUAAUAAUUAAUUAAAUGUCUCCUUGCUAUUUUUUCCCCCUGACACAUUCAUAAUCAUUACUUUUGCUGCCAAGCUUUUUGAAACAAGCUUUAUUCAUGCACUUGAGUGCGGAAUAGACUAUAUUACGCCUAUAUAUAUUAAGCACUCAUUAUGGUUUAGUAUUCUCCUCAGUAUAUAUUUAAGUAAUUAAAUUAAUAUAACUGUGUAAUUAGUCGACUAAUGGCUUAAAUGAACGACUAAUAGUCAACUAGAAAAACUUUUAGUUGGGGGCAGCCCUACCAGAUACUGACUGCUACUUUUGACUCAUUAUUCCCUUUAUUUUUGUCAAGUGUCUGUACAAUUUUAUCAUUUCAUGUCUUAGUUGUUGAAUCUUGUUAUGUUCAUAAAAAUAGUUACACAUUUUAAGAAAUUUUCUGGGAAAAAAAAGUUGAUAUAAUUUUGUUUAUAUAACUUUGAUACAAGUUUCUGCCAAAUGAAUACAUAUAAAUUUCUCUCACAUCUUAAAUUGUUUGAUUUUGAUAACAUUCAAAUAAUAAAGUUCUUACUGAGAAUUAAUAGAGGUUUAGCUCUAGUUAGGGGGCUGAGCACCGAAACCCUGUACUGAAUGUUGUUUUUUUUUUGGAUUUUUCUUCUUUUUAUUUUUCUGCCCUAAAAGUGUAUGGGCAUCAGUCACUGUAAAUUGUAGAUACCCCAAAAUUUGCAGGAUGAUCCCAACUGUGCACCACCACUCAGCCACUUGAAGUUUGGAUCAUAACUUUGGUACCCUAAGGGCUAAAACCAAAAUGUCACCCAGAACCCUUGAGUCAUGCCCUACUAAAUAAAUACAGUAGUGGCCAAAAGGGGGUAUAUGCACAAUAUUUGUUUGUAUUGACACUUAAGGUUCAAUUAAACAAUUAAAAUAUAAGGAGUAUGUUAUAUUGGGAAGAAGAAUGCACCAAACUUGGUUCAGGUAUUAAAAUCACAAAAAAAAAAAAAAAAAA